GAGAAAAAGCACUAAGAAGAAGAAUUCUUCAUUUUUCUUUAUCUGCCAUCGGUGGAUUUGCCGAGACAGACCUGAAACCCCUUCUUUGUUUUUAGAUUAUUCUGACGCCGUAAGUUUAGUUGCUUCGCCAUGGUGCUGCUGCGACUUCGUGUCGUUGUGGUGGGUGAGCCCACUUCUGGCAAAACAGCCUUCGUGCAGAUGGUCCAUAGCAACGGCGCUGUGUUUCCCAAGAACUACUUAAUGACGAUGGGCUGCGACUUCGUGGUGAAGGAGUUCUCGCUGGAUGAGGAGAACACGGUGGAGGUGUCGCUGCUCGAUGUGGCGGGGCAGAGGCUGUACGACCGCAUGACGUCGCCGUACCUGGAGAGCGCCAGCGUUUUUCUGCUGAUGUACGACGUGUCGAAUAAGACCACUUUUGAGUCGUGCAGGAAGUGGGUGGCGAAGGCACGGGCUGCCAAGAAGGACAUGCCGGGCCUGCUCAUCGCCAACAAGAUGGAUCUUGCUGACAAGGCGGAGGUGACCGACAACCAGGCGGAGGUCUUCGCGCGUGCCAAUCAGCUGACGUUUUACAAGUGCUCCGCCUUGCGCGGGACUGGCAUUUCAGAACCGAUAGAGGAGCUCGCGCGUAACUAUCUUCAGUCCUAUCAAAAGCGCGUGAGUGAGCUGAUGCCGAAGAAAAACUAA